CGGCCGAAUCACAAAAUCUCAAAUCUCUCUUCCCUUUUUGUUUGUGUUCUUCCAUUCCUCCUCUCUCAAAGCAAUAUGGCUCAGAAGGUGGUCCUGAAGGUUCUGACCAUGACCGAUGACAAAACAAAGCAGAAAGCCAUUGAAGCUGCCGCUGAUAUUAUUGGGAUUGAUUCGAUCGCGGCGGAUCUAAAGGACCAGAAGCUAACAGUGGUAGGACUGAUGGAUCCGGUGGCCGUAGUGAAGAAGUUGAAGAAGGUUGGUAAGGUGGAUAUAGUAUCUAUCGGACCAGCCAAGGAAGAGAAGAAAGAAGAAAAGAAAGAUGACAAGAAAGAUGGAAAGGAGGGGAAAAAAGAAGAAAAGAAGGAGGACAAAAAGUAAAAUAUAGUUACCAAAUUUUAUCUCUCAUGGUAAUAUUUUCUUUUCUUGUAAGUUGGCGGUUAUGUUUUUUUUUUUUUUUUUUAUGGUCAUAGAGUUAUGUAUAAUGUUUUGUUUAAUUUCAUGGGAUUGGGAUGUAAAAAAGGGCAAACGUACGUACUCUGAUAAUAUUAAGCAAAUAAGUAAGCAAAUGGCUUCCGUAGAGAGGUUAGAUUUUUUUAUA